GAAACACAGCGCAAGAGGAGACGACUCUCAGCACCGAGACCCUUCCCGAUAGUCCCAGCGUCCGUCUCUGCCACAGGCCCACGUUCAGCGCAUAAAGAAGGGAAGAACCUCAUCUGCAUAACACGCAAGACAGCCUUGGGAGCGUAUAUGCGGCGGUGCAAGGACCUCGUUCUAAAAGAUGGGUACGGAGGGGAGGAGGAUGGAGAUAUCACGUACGAGACGAGGGGAAAGUCGACGUUGAGUGGUGUUGACGUUCGAUAG